AUUUUCCUCUACCUCAGUAUAAGAGAUCUGAUAGCUUGUAGCCAAGUUAGUCGCUCCUGGAUGUUGAUGACACAAGCAAGCUCAUUGUGGAAUGCUAUUGAUUUUUCCACAAUGAAAAGUAUGGCUAUCGAUAAAUAUGUAGUGUCUACUUUGCAAAGGUGGCGUCUAAAUGUGCUGCGUUUGAAUUUUCGUGGUUGUCUUCUCAAACCGAAAACUUUGAAAUCUGUCGGCCACUGUAGAAAUCUGCAAGAGUUGAACGUCUCUGACUGCCCAACACUCACGGAUGAAUCCAUGAGGCACAUAUCGGAGGGCUGCCCUGGGGUCCUAUAUCUCAAUCUGUCUAACACAGGUAUCACUAACAGGACGAUGCGACUUCUGCCAAGGAAUUUCCACAAUUUACAGAACCUUAGUUUGGCUUAUUGCAGAAAGUUCACAGACAAAGGUUUACAGUACCUGAAUUUAGGGAAAGGAUGCCACAAGCUCACCUAUCUGGACCUUUCUGGCUGUACCCAGAUUUCAGUCCAAGGCUUCAGGAACAUUGCGAACAGCUGCAGUGGAAUUAUGCAUCUGACCAUCAAUGAUAUGCCAACUCUGACAGACAAGUGUGUAAAAGCUUUAGUUGAGAAGUGCUCUCGUAUUACAUCAGUGGUUUUCAUCGGUGCACCACAUAUCUCAGAUCGUGCUUUCAAAGCUCUUUCCACUUGUAGCCUCAAAAAGAUCCGAUUUGAAGGAAAUAAAAGGAUUACUGAUAGUUGCUUCAAAUUUAUAGACAAACAUUAUCCAAAUAUCCGUCACAUUUACAUGGUUGACUGCAAAGGAUUAACAGAUGGCAGCCUCAGAUCUCUGUCAGUUUUGAAGCAACUGACUGUGUUAAAUUUGGCAAAUUGUGUAAGAAUUGGUGAUGUAGGAGUCAAGCAAAUGCUUGAUGGUCCUGUGAGUACAAAGAUAAGAGAGCUAAAUUUAAGCAACUGUAUCCACCUGGGUGAUGCUUCCAUUGUGAGACUAUCAGAGCGGUGCCCUAAUUUAAACUACUUGAAUUUACGAAACUGUGAACAUUUGACUGACCUAGGAGUUGAGCAUAUUGUAAACAUCUUUUCCUUGGUAUCUGUAGAUCUCUCUGGAACAGUCAUCUCUAAUGAGGGUUUGAUGAUACUUUCCAGACAUAAAAAAUUAAAGGAACUUUCUCUAUCCGAGUGUUAUAAAAUCACUGAUGUGGGAAUUCAGGCAUUCUGCAAAGGCUCACUUAUCUUGGAACACUUGGAUGUCUCUUAUUGUCCCCAGCUGUCAGACGAGAUUAUCAAAGCACUAGCCAUUUACUGCAUUAGCCUCACAUCUCUCAGCAUUGCUGGAUGUCCAAAGAUUACUGACUCGGCGAUGGAAUUGUUAUCGGCAAAAUGCCACUACCUGCAUAUUUUGGAUAUCUCUGGUUGUAUCCUGCUUACUGACCAAAUCCUUGAGAACCUUGAGAGAGGCUGCAAUCAACUCCGGAUCCUCAGGAUGAGAUACUGCAGACAUAUUUCCAUGGAGGCAGCUGUCAGAAUGUCAUCUUUAGUUCAGCACCAAGAAUACAGCCUUGAGGAUCCUCCGCAUUGGUUUGGCUAUGAUUGUGAAGGCAAGCCUCUCACAGAACACUACAAAACGACAACACUUAAAGAUGAUUUAGACUUGACAUUCAAAGACUCACUGUACAGUAGUGAAGAGGAAACAGCAUAACCUUCAGCCUCAAGCAGAAAGAGCAAAAAAUCUAGAACUUGGCAACUUUUCUUCACUUGAUACAAAUAUUUUACUAGCUGGAUUACAUAUGUACCUAAAUACAUCAUUAGCUUUUCCAUCUAAAUAAUCAUGAUUUAAACAAACAAACAAAAAAAGUCAAAACAAGUACUCUUACUAUGUAAAAUUUCCACCUAAUUCUAACUUAACCAAACCAGUAGUUUUGAUGAGAUUAUUAGAUCUAAGGUUACAGUUAUAUGAAACAACCCUGAGAGGUGUGACUUUUUUGACAAGGAAUUUAGGGGCUUGUUUUUAGAAAUGAAAAGAAAGCAGAGAUGACCGUGUAAGUCAAAGUAAGAGUUUGAGCCAGGACAGUGACUUUAAGAUCUGCGAGGCUUUCUUGUAAAGGACAUAUAUAGUUUUAAAGAAAACAUGGCUUUAUCAUUUCCAGACAUUUGACAACAAAAGGAAACUAAUGCCAAUUAACCCUGGACUCAUCUCAACAGUGGACAUAGUCAGGGACAAAUGCAAUAAAAACAAGAACUAUCUGUGAAUAAAAAGGAUGUCCCUACAGUGUCUCAGAAAGAUCUCUUUUUAAUCAAAUUUAUACCUGUGGAGGAAUUUUUAAACUAUGCUAUGCCAAAAAGAUGAUUUCCCAAUUUCAUGCUAAUAAAACCAAAAACCAAACCCACGGCC